CCGCGCGGCUCCGGCAGUUUCAGUGUCAGUUUCUGCUUCUGAUUCAGACUCGGACUCAGAUUGGGACCCAUUCUCAGUUCCGAGCAAACUUCGGCGGGGAGCAGAAGGAGCAGAGCGGAGCAGAAGAGCCCCACCAGGAAAUAAAAAUAGACAAAAUACUGAAACAAUAACUCGAGGCGGCGAGCUAGUGUAGAAUUUUUUACAUAUACCAUUUCGGGGUAGCGGAAGCAGGAAGUGGCGGAAUAAUUAAGGACAAAAACGCAAUUUCAAUUAUCGUUAGUGUAAUCUUGAGUGUGAAUUUAAAUGUGAACUGUGAGUGCUUGGUGUACGGCGAUUUUUGCUUGUUUCCCUGAAUGUGGUGUACUUUUUCCCAUUGCAAAUUAGUUAGUGUCGCUUAAUCAAAUAUAUAUACAUAUAUAGCUAAUUGGACGGUAUAUACAUGUGUUGGUGUGCAAGUAUUUUUGCUAAACUUAUUAAAUUGAUAUUGAGUGUAUACUUUUUGAGUGCUCGUGCAAUUAUUGUAACUUGAAUAGAGCAGCUUCGACCGCUAUCCAACGACGAAGGACUAGAAAUCGGUGUCCUUUUCCCAGAAAAGUGCGAGUGUGCGUGGCCAUUGCCUUUGUCCUGCGAAUCAGGGGGUGUGUCCGAGGGGCAGCCGGGAAUCUUUUUACAUAAGCAGGGGCGGGCUGCAAAUGGGACGGCCACCUGCGGCUACACGGCGGCUACUCAACGCUGGGAUCCCUCGCUUUGUCCGCCGCUGAGUGUCCUUGCAACGUGACAGCCCGAUUGUGUGUGAGGAUAUGCAAAGAUGUCCCUCAGCCCCACAAUGGCCCACUUAAAACUGGACACCCUCCACGUGCAGCGCAGUCCCCGCGGCUCCCGCAGGAGCAGUCCGAGCAGCGGAAGGAGCAGCGCCUGCAGUUCCGGGAGCAUCUCUCCGGUGCCCAUCAUCCCCAUCAUAGCCAUCAGCCACGAUGGCGACGAGUCCGAGUCCGAGUCGGAAAUCGAAACGGAGCCGGCGCGCCUCUUCCAGCGCCGCAUGUCCACCAAGUGCACGAACAACCUGGCUGCCAUCAUCAAGGAGGGCUUCCUGCUAAAGCACACUUGGUCCUUCCAGCGGUGGCGACGUCGGUACUUUCGUCUCAAGCGAAAUAUGCUAUUCUACGCCAAGGAUGAGAAGUGCGAUGUAUUCGACGAUAUUGACCUAUCGGACUUGUGUUACUUCGAGUGCAGCAUCAAGAACGUAAAUCAUAGUUUUCAGAUAAUCACACCCACUCGAUCUCUGGUGCUCUGCGCCGAGUCCCGCCGCGAAAUGGAGGACUGGCUGGGCAGCCUGAAGACGGCGACGGCGCCGCAGAGGCCGCGUGGGGACAGCUUCCUGAUCGAGCAGCACGACAUCCUGUCGAACCACCACCACUGGUACGCCACCUCCCACGCCCGCCCCACCUACUGCAAUGUGUGCCGGGACGCCCUCUCCGGGGUCACCUCCCACGGACUCAGCUGCGAGGUGUGCAAGUGCAAGGUGCACAAGCGGUGUGCGGCCAAGUCGAUCGCCAACUGCAAGUGGACAACGCUGGCCAGUGUGGGCAAGGACAUCAUCGAGCAGGCGGAUGGCAUCAUCAUGCCGCACCAGUGGAUGGAGGGCAACCUCCCGGUGUCCUCCAUGUGCGCCGUCUGCAAGAAGACCUGCGGAUCGGUGCUAAGACUCCAGGAUUGGAGGUGCCUGUGGUGUCGAGCUACUGUCCACGUGGCCUGUCGUCCUCAGAUGGCGGUGGCCUGUCCCAUCGGACCCGCCAAGUUGUCCGUCGUUCCACCUACCAGUGUCCACUCCAUCAGCACCGACGACGCCUGGGAUGUGGCCAGUCCGAGGGGCAACUUCUCGCCCUUGCUCGUUUUCGUGAACUCCAAGUCAGGAGACAAUCAAGGAGUGAAGUUCCUGCGACGAUUUAAGCAACUGCUGAAUCCGGCCCAGGUCUUCGAUCUCAUCUCGACGGGUCCGAGUCUGGGAUUGAGACUGUUCCGGCACUUUGAGAUGUUCCGCAUCCUGGUCUGCUCGGGCGACGGAUCUGUCGGAUGGGUGCUCAGCGAGAUCGAUCGCUUCAAUAUGCAUAAACAAUGUCAGGUGGCGGUGAUGCCCUUAGGCACUGGCAACGAUCUGGCCAGGGUUUUGGGCUGGGGAUCCAGCUGUGACGACGACACCCACCUGCCGCAGAUCCUGGAACGCUACGAGUCGGCCAGCACCAAGAUGUUGGAUCGCUGGAGCAUCAUGGUCUUCGAGAAGGCCAUUCCUGUGCCCAAAACGCCCAAGAUGUCGAUCAGCACCGAGCAGGAAGCCAUGCUCACAGGCAUGGUGACAUCGGCCAACCACCAUCUGCGCUUCAUUGUGGAAACCAACGACACCCAGACUCUGAUUAGCUCCACCCGGAAUCUCUGCGACACCAUUGACGAUCUUGUGGUUCGAAUCUCGGAACACCACAAGGAGGACGAACAGCUGGCGGUCAAGUGCGACAUUCUCAAGCAAAAGCUUAACAUGCUGCUAGAUGCUCUUCAGGAGGAGGAGAUCGGCGCCCACAGCGGCGACGACUUGAUAGCCACCAUCAGGAGUCUCAUUGCGAGAAGUAUUCCGCUGACACCAGGAUCCAGCGCCUCUCUGCUCAACCCAAACAUAUCAAUCGAAAAGACGGAAAAAGACCAGAUCAAUACAAAGGAGCGCAGGAAUAGUCGGUCACUUCGCUCCAGCGAGAAGGAGGCUCUCCAGUGCCGUGCCAACAGCGUCAAACGAGCCAUAUACAAUGUGGUGGAGCACUCGGAACCGGGACGUCCAAAACGCUACCAGCGGAAGCUAUCGAUCACCCCGUUCGAGGCCCUGAAGUUGCCCACCAACAAUUCCGGGGAAUCGACGCCCUGCAGCUCCCCCUUGCCAAUAAUCCCACCCAUUAAUAUUAUCUCCCCCACUAUGGAAACCUCCCGACUUACCUGCAUUUCUCCGUUGCCCGAUACAAGACGUGAUUCCGUAGACGAGAGCUUCUUCAACAGCAUUAAUCUACCGGCUCCGCGGCAAUUUGCAGAUAGUCGUAGGAGCUCUGGAGUGGAGGUAAUCCAGGAGAUCGAGGAGGGUGCCAAUGGAGAGACCGUAUACCGACGGAGUCGCAUGUCCCUUACCGGUGGAGCCAAUAUCGAUGAUUUUGGUAAUCGUUUGUCACCCUGCAGCGAUGUUGGCGAUAACUCGCCCACCGAGCGCAAAGUGGACUUCCUGAGGGUUCCGAUCCACACUGGCGAACCGAUCGACGACCCUCUUUCCGACUAUCGACCCCACGAGGUCUUCGAGCGCACCUACUACAUGACCCGGGAAAUGGACAAGGACAAGGAAAAGGAGAAGGAGAAAGAAGUGGAGAAUGACAAGGAGAAGGAUAAGUGCGUCGAGAAGGAGAAAUGCGUAGAAAAGGAGGACAGCAUGCCCACCGAGAAGCUGGUUCACACUUGUAACCUGCAGGUACCCGGCGUUGUCGUUACCCCCAACUCCCAAAAUGUUUACUCAAGCGCCAGCAUUACAAUCAUAGAUACCGACGCACAGACCACCACUGAACAGUCCUCUUCCGACGAUCUGGGUGGCGAGGCUAGCGAUGUUCUUUCGGCCAUUAGCAAUGAGGAGUGCAGCGUGGCUUCCGAAAUAUUCGACAAGCAGGACGCAGGACAAACCGUGGGUGAUAUUAUCCAGAACAUGGACGCCAGCAAUUUCACUCACAUUGACUCCCCGGAAACUAGCGAUGAGACAGAAGCCAUGCCCGGCGAGAGCAUCAUGGACGACAUUAGCUCGGUACUGGGUCACGACAUAACCUAUGCCCUGCAGGACAACACCCUGACCGACGACACUACCACGCUCUGCUCGGAGCACGUGGGUCCGCCGAAACCUCCGCGCAAAAAGUCCUUGAGCGCCCUGAGCCGACCACAGUCCCAUCCGCGCAGGCGCAACUCCUCUCCACCGAGAAUGGCGCGUUUGGCGCGAAUGGAUAGCGAUGAUAAUCCCCAGCAGUUCGGAUUCGAGAAUAUCGUUUUCGAGAUCGACAAUCGAUGCGACGACCAGAAGAUGCGGGAGCCACCGCGCUACUGCAGCCUGGCGCAGUUCGUGGAAGGUAACGAUAUAGCGCGUCAGAGCUUCAAGCGUCCCAAAAAGCGCAUCUCACUGAAAAAACUCAAACCCACUACAACCACUGAAAUCGUAUCUCAACAGCAGCUAUUGCUAGAACAACAACGAAGUGGCGACAACGACAAUGACGACCCCGAGGCCCAGCUAACGCCAACGAAUAACGUGGCCAAUUUACUGGCCACCACCAGCGAGGACGAGCUGUCCACGCAGACGGCCAUCAAAAUAGAAAUACAAGACGUUGAUGCCACUGUGCGCAACAUCAACAGCAGCAUGAAGGCCACUACGAUCUUGGCCACGUCGACAUCGCCCACGAAGAAAUCGGGCCAUGGACAAGAUGUAAAGCGCAUUACUUUUGAUGAGUCGUGUAAGAAAGAAUCCUUUGAUGAUGUAAAUCCCAACUAUCCACAGAUAAGUGUUGUUGUGAGGCCGCCGACGCCGUUGCGCGGCGACUCCAUCAAGCCCACGGUCUCGCUCCUGCCGGGCUCCUCCGGCGGAGCCAUGGCCGUGUCCAUGACCUGCUCCGGAAUGCUGGGGGUGCGGGCCAUGAACGCCUCCGAGAUCAGGCGCCACUCAAGCCACGCCCCCGGCCUGGCUGUCCGCGAGUUUGACAAGGACAAGGACCGCCGGCACUCUGGCUUCAAUCCCAACCAGUUGACCCUCGAUCCGGAGCACGCCCGCUUCCUCAGCAGCUCGCCGGCGGCCAGUCGCAGGAUCAGCUGCGGCAGCCUCUUCAAGAAGAAAAACCAAAAGAUCGCCACGAAGCGCGGCUACGGAUUGUUCAGUGUUCGGUUCUUUGUGGUGGCCGAGCCAGAUAUUCGCCUGGCCACCCUGGCGCUUAUCAGGCCGCUGAUUCCUCUGCCGAACGAAGCCCUUCCGAAUCUGCAGACCCUUAAGGGUUCCAAGUCGAGCUUGUUCAUGGGCUCCACUCUAUUCGGCUUCGAUCACUUGGCUUCGGGAGACAAGGACAAGGAGGAGAAGGGUGGCAAGGACAAGGAGAAAACGCCCACCGAUGAGACCGGUCGCAAGUUGCCUAUCAUCAAUCCCCUGGUGCGACUGCCCAACUGGCCAAACCUUUCCAAUGGCGGUGGUUUCAUAUCCAAAUGUCUUUUGGCCAAUGCCGAUACGCUCUGCGCCGCUGUCAGUCCUCUAAUGGAUCCGGAUGAGACCCUCCUGGCCGGCUACCAUGAGAAGUGCGUGAUGAACAAUUACUUUGGCAUCGGAAUCGAUGCCAAGAUCUCUCUGGACUUCCACAACAAGCGGGAGGAGCAUCCGGAGAAGUGUCGAUCUCGGGCCCGCAACUACAUGUGGUAUGGGGUAUUGGGAUCCAAGCAGCUCCUGCAAAAGACCUGCAAGAAUCUGGAGCAGCGGGUGCAGCUGGAGUGCGAUGGUCAGAGAAUUCCGUUGCCGGAGCUGCAGGGAAUCGUGAUCCUAAACAUACCCAGCUUCAUGGGCGGCACUAAUUUCUGGGGCAGCAGCAAGAAGGAUGAUAUAUUCCUCCCACCCAGCUUUGAUGAUCGUGUUCUCGAAGUAGUGGCUGUCUUUGGAUCCGUCCAGAUGGCAGCCUCGCGGCUGAUCAAUCUUCAACACCAUCGGAUCGCCCAGUGCCAGAGCGUGCAGAUCAAUAUCCUGGGCGACGAGGAGAUACCCAUCCAGGUGGACGGUGAGGCCUGGCUGCAGCCACCGGGAAUGAUCCGCAUCCUGCACAAGAACCGAGUGCAGAUGUUGUGCCGGAACAGGAGCUUGGAGCUAUCGCUGAAGAGCUGGCAGGAGAAGCAGCGCCAGCACAGCAUCUCCAUCCAAAGGGAUGCAUCCUCAACAGCUUCGGAGCACGCCAUCUCCACCGACGAGGUGAUCUCCGAACGCGAAUGCUACGUACUCCUCAACUUCAUCGAGGCCGUUAGCUCGCUGGUCAAGUGGGUCAAGUUCCUGAUCAUCUCGCAUCCGGCUCUGCAACACGAUCUCUACGAGGUGGCCUGUCGGGCCAGUGAGGCCCUGGAGUCCAUCCAUCCGCAGGGCAAGCUGCUCGAAGGUCCUUCGCUGCGCACCAAGUUGGUGGAGGUCAUUGACUCGUCGCGACAACUCUAUGACGAUGCCUGCACCCUGCUCCGCGAUCGAGGUCACAGCUUGAUUCUCCGCGAGGAUCUGGAGACGAAGCUCAGCGCGGCUUUGGCCAACAUGGAGAUGGAGCUGAAGAAGUGCUCUGUGCAAAAGUGCAUCGACGGCAAGCUGAGGGCCUACUUCAAUGUUUUGGCGCCCAACGAGGAGUCCGAUGGCCGCCGGAAGUCACGACCCUUCUGGGUGAGACUACGCUCCGGCUCGACCGCCGGCCAGCAGGCGUUUAAGCCACCUUUGACCAACACCCGCGAGGCAGCUAACAACUGGAGCGUGAACGAAGUGGUCACCUGGCUAGAGACGAUGCAGUUGUCCGAGUACGUGGACAGCUUCCUGAAGAACGACAUUCGGGGCAAGGAGCUGCUCACCCUGGGAAGGCGCGACCUCAAGGACCUGGGCGUGGUCAAGGUGGGCCACGUCAAGCGCAUACUGCAGGCCAUCAAGGAUCUCAGCGAGAACUAGGCUUCCUGCUGGGACUCCGAUAACGGCUAGUACAAAAAGUUAGUCUUCGCAUCGCGCUCUUAAAGAUGAAGUGGGAAUAUAUUGAGUUGUAAGCGAUCACUGGGAAUGUUAAAUUAUGGGACAAAAAUGCAUACAACAAUCACUAAUUUAUAGGCUAGCUUAGCUAACUUCACAAAUGAAGGGGGAACAGAUUGAGCGAAUGAAGAAGGAAAAUCUUCGAUGGAAACUAAGAUGACACGAACGAUACUCUAACAUAUUUAAGUCUAACUGACUUACUCUCCGACAAAUUAACUCGAUAUACAUCUAUUGAUUGGCAGAGAAUUGUACAUUUUUUCAGCUCCUAGCCAUGUAAGUCGAGACAAAAACAAAAAGCACUUAAAAUUGACUUUGGUUUUUUCGUAUACGUAUGUCAAAUUGAAGAACACAAAAAAUUGGCAGUUAAACGAAUUUAAACGUAGUGGCACAAGCGAAAACUUAACAAAGCCGAUAACUGCAGUUAGAUAUUAAAUGUUUACCCUUCAACUUACGCUUAUAUUAAAGAAAUCCAAGAUCCCAUUCCCAAAAGGAAGCUAAUGAAUCCAAAUUAAAACGCAAGUAACCGACUUAACCAAUGAAAUCGAUUCUAAAUUUAUAAGCAAUUUAAAUUUUACAAAACCUAACAACAAACUGCAGCCCCAAUCCAAUUUAAACAUUAUAUAAAAUAUACUUAUACAUAUACCUAAAAAAGAUAUUCGAAACUAUAUUUAAAUGUUUCCCCACUAUUGUUAAAUCGAAAUGAUGCUAAUGUUAAUGCAAAGUCGGGAGCCAACUCUCGUAAUUGCAGCAAAGAAAAGUCUGUUAAACGUGUCAUUUUUGUGGUAACCAAAAGCAACUCUAACUUGUUUAUUUAAAUGAAUUUAGUUGUUAAGUCCGCGACGUUUUUUCAAGAUAAGUUUAGGUUAGAACCUUUGGGGUCUUGGUGCCGGAUGCUGGGCCCCCGAAAAAUUUAUUUGGUACUUUAUACACGCAUAUGGUAUAAUCUUAGCUAGCAUUGGAACACGGAAUUCCGGUGUUCGGAACCUUUUUGGUAAUCCUUUUAAUUGUUUACAUUUAAGCGAAUCCAGCCCCUUUUAUCCAAAACGUUUAAGUGUUAGGAACGAAAUUGUGCUAAAUUUUUUAUAAACGUCAACUUUCGAUUUGAUCAAUUAUGUUACUCUAUCUCUCUAUCUAAAUACGAACAUAUAAAUAUAGCUGCAUAUGAGUAGGUUUAGCAGUCCACUGAUCUGAUCUGUUUUGGCCCAUCCUCAAAUGUUUGCUCAAGUUGCCUCCAGUUGAGUGAGUUUUUGAAAUGGCACUGCGGUAGGCGAGCUUAGUCUAUAACAAAUCACUUGAGCGAAGUCUAUAAAUUAUAUUUUUUGAUAUAUAAGUAUAAAUGAGCCCAGACCAACUCGAUUGAUUUGUUGUGAUCCUACCACGAACUUAUUUUCCAAAAGCACCAGUAGCAAUCCUAUCAUUUCUAAAUAUUUUGACACAUAUUUGAGAAACUAUUUACGCUUAUGAGUAACCUAGAUAAAACAUAAAAAAUGAAGGAUAUUAAAAAUGGAAUGGUAUCCUUUUUCAUAAUAGAUAAAAACAUAAAUACAAUGUUAAAAAUUGAGGACACAUUUUUUCGAAAAUUUUUCGACACAUGUAUUUUCGAGCAAACUUUAAUGUAAUUAAAACCAAAAUUAAGCAAAAUCGUAAGACAAUUGUAUAUUUAAUUUAUAUAUUCAAUGGAAAAAUCUGAUCGGCAUUUCGCGUUCCCACAGAAAGUUUAAAUUUCUUCGGUUUUUCCAUAUACCACCUCUAAUCAGCCUUCAUUGAUUUUAUGUUAUUUUUUAAAAAACUGUGAUAACAGCUUUCUACAUUUCUGUAAUAAAAAUCAACAAAGAUCAGCAAAAUGAACAUAACGUAAUUCGUGAAGUGCAAUGAAAAAUCAACUGUAAAGUCUUAUAAAUAGUUCGUCUACAAUCAGCAAAUAGGUAAUGCCUAUGAAAACCAUUUACCAGAAAUAAAUGUUUUACAAUAUAUCUCAGUAAUGUAAUUUCAAACUACCUAUUGCCCAAACCCUAGAAAAAAGUAGCAAAUGUAAAACCUGUCUGUGCAGAACUAUCUCUUGAUGACAACAAAAUCGAUAAUACAGUUAAGUAAAAAGCAAACCAUAAAGCAACAACAUUUCCUAUUAAGCAUAAUACAUCAAUUAUAAUAGAAAACAUUUUCUUUAAGAAAAACCUAAUAACAGCAAUAAUAAAAGCAAAACAAAACAAA